CAUUGAUUUAUCAUUUAUUUAUAGCGCAGCUGUGAGCAAGCACACUUGUGCAGUAUCUGUUCGUUUCUGUGCAUCUGUACAACAGACGCUCACGUGGACGGACGUUGAUUACUGGGAAUUGCACGCAUCUGUACGCUCCUUUUCCAAGUUAAUCUCUUAAGAAGAGGUGUGGUUCCCUUUGGCUCUGCGCUCGCUCUCAUCCCAGCUCCUCAGUGUGAGUGGCGAUAUCAUCACACACUCUCUACUCCGCUCAUCUUUUUCUUGCGCCGCUCUUGCUGCCCCGUCUCAAAACGUCAGCUCGUCACAUCUGUGAUCUUCUCCCGUCUACCAUGAGUUCUUGCGGUGAGAUGGGUGAUGUCAUCGAAUCCAGCACCAGGGAGCACGUGACGCCGGAGAUGAACAAGCUUCGUCAGAGCCUGAGGAGGAAGAAGCCCACCUAUGUACCCGAGGCCAGCAGACCGCAUCAGUGGCAGGCAGACGAGGAGGCUGUACGCAGGGGCAAAUGUAACUUCUCUGUACGGUACCUGGGCUUGGUGGAAGUGGAGGAGUCUAGAGGGAUGCAUGUGUGCGAGGAGGCGGUGAAAAAGCUUAAAAUUAGCGGGAAGAAGACAGUAAAGGCAGUAUUGUGGGUUUCCGCCGACGGACUCAGGGUGGUUGAUGAUAAGACAAAGGACCUGAUUGUGGACCAGACUAUCGAGAAAGUCUCCUUCUGUGCUCCGGAUCGAAAUUAUGACAAGGCAUUCUCCUACAUCUGCAGAGACGGCACCACCAGACGUUGGAUGUGCCACUGCUUCAUGGCUCUCAAAGACUCGGGGGAGAGACUUAGCCAUGCAGUCGGUUGUGCCUUUGCUGCCUGUUUGGAGAGGAAACAGCGACGGGAAAAAGAGUGCGGCGUGACGGCAUCUUUUGAUGCCAGCCGCACCUCAUUCGUACGCGAGGGCUCCUUCCGCGCCAACUCUGGGUGCAGUGCCCACGGCAGCGGCAGUGAACGAGAUGACAAAAUGCCGGAGAAGAACAAAGACCAGCCCUCUGUUCACGCAGCCCUGCCCCCCGGAACAGCCUCCCCACCCGAGGGCGCGGCAGAACCCGGCGGACCUCACGCCAUCCCCCGCCGCCACGCACCCAUCGAGCAACUGGUGCGCCAAGGCUCAUUCCGGGGAUUUCCAGCUCUGAGCCAGAAGAACUCUCCCUUCAAGAGACAGCUGUCACUUCGCCUCAAUGACCUGCCAUCCACUCUGCAACGCAAGACCGACUUUGAAACCAAGAAUCCCGUACUAGAGGUGGACAUGAAUUUAUCCGGCGAGGGAGACAUUAAUGAGCUGUGUAGCCAGAUCAACCACUCCUUCACAAAGCCAUCCGAGGACCCUUUCUCCAACCAUUGCCCACCUGCGAAUGCUCUGCCAACCUGCGUCGUGCCUCCAGCCUUGCCUCCCCCUCCAGCGCCGAUGCAGGCCACAUCUUCUUGGGUUCAGACAGAUCCUCCUCUCCACUCUCCUCCAGCAUCCACGGCAUUGCAGAGCGGACAUAAACGCACACCCUCCGAGGCGGAGCGAUGGCUAGAAGAGGUCUCCAAGGCAGUCAGGUCCCAGCAGACACCCCCACCGGGUCCUACCAUCCCCACCAUUCCAGGGCCACCGUCUGUAUCGAGUCAGCAGAUAACGAGUCUGGCCCCGGUGUCGCUCGGUACCAUGUCCAAACCGCUCAUCGCGGGCCCGUCUGCUCUCUCAGCUCAGCCCCUCCCACCAAUGUCCAUAUCAUCCGUCCCCCUCAUACCCGGCCCUCCAAUUUCAAGCCCCCCUAUGUCUUUGCCUUCCAUGUCCAUCCCCACCAUGUCCGGUCCAAGUAUGUCGGGAGCCCAGAUGAUUCAGCCCUCCCUCGCGGGGGGACCCCGAGGCUCCCUCCCAAGCAUCUUGCAGCCUUUUCCUUUGGCUUUCGACGCCACUUCGGCUCCUGUGGGCAUGUUCGCCGGUCAGCCCGUCCAACCGGCUUUUGUUCCCAUGCAAACCUACAUGCCGGGCUUGGCGAGCAGUAUGACCUACCCAAAUGUCAGCGUACCCGUGGUUGGAAUCACGCCGUCGCAAAUGGUGGCCAAUGUCUUCUGCACGGCCACUGGGUCAUCUGGUACGGGAGGUGUCAUCGGCUCCGGAGUCGGAGGGCCCAAAGUGGGCUCGCUCGGAUCGGGCGGGACCCAACACCCUUACUCAGGAGUUCCCACUGGAGGCUUUUCCAUACCAUUCCCCUCCACCCCACCACUUUCAACAGCCGUGAACGGUCUCCCCACGCACAGCGGCGCCUCCGCAGCCCUUCAGAACGGAAACGCUAACAAUGCUGGCAGCACGAGCAGCUGGCCGCCAGAAGGCAGCCAUCUGACUGCUCCCGUGACCAAUAAUUCCCAAGAUGAUGAGCGUUUUGAGGCCCAGUGGGCGGCACUUGAGAGCACCAACACCAAACCGUCAGCUCAGGCACCUGGGAACAAAAGCCCGGCGGCGGCCAACCCGUUUUCGAACAACCUGCAGAAGACUUUUGAGAUAGAGCUAUAAGGUGAGGAGAAAGCUCGGUGCUAAUUCAAGCAUCUGUGUCCUGAAACGCCGCGGCACCACAACGAUGUUGCUUUCUUGAAGCUCCAACAAGCGCUUUACACAUCGCCGGGCUGCCGCUGGGAACUUUUCACAUCUCAAACGGAUCAUGUGAUGAUCUAAAUCCUGCCACACCGCCUCGUUUCCGGCUCGUUCUGGCUUUCAUGUCUGCACUUCGGCUUUACUUUCUUUACCAGCUGCAAGUCCCUUCACACAUCGACUGUGUCACUUGGCGACACGCUCAGUUGCUUUCUUUCAGAGGUGACUCAGAUGCAUUCCAAUCCCACGGAGUGAUUUUGCCAGUAUUUGUUGUGGUGAGAAAAUCCUUGUGAAGAACUGAAAUCAUUCUUGCUUUGACUGAUGAACAGAUUAAUGCUCUUGUUAAUCUUGAGAACCGAUUGUACGUACAGUGGAUGUAAAAUUUCUACACAGCCCUGCAAAACUUUUUCAACUAUUAUUGUGACCAUGACCUAAACAAUCUAAUUGAAAAAAUAUUUUUGAGAGUAGCUGUAGAAAGAAACGAAGAUAACAUAGAUGGACAUGUGCAGGGUUAAGGGUGUGCACACUUAUGCAACCACAGUAUUUUAGUUGUAUAUUACCUCCCUUCUCAAUUUUUCUUUUUCAAUUAAAUCGUACAGAUUAAAGGUCAUGUUUUUAAAGUACUUUGUUCUUUUUUUCAAUCUCAAAACUACAUCUGAACAGGGGUGUGUAGACUUUUUACAACCACUGGACCUAAAAGCAGUGUUUUUCAACCUUUAUUGAGCCAAUGCACAUAUUUCACAUCGGAAAAAAAAAAUUGCGGCUCACAUCUUAGAAAAAUAACUCUCAAGAGGUACAGCUUAAUCACGUACCUUCAGACAUCUGGUGGAAGAGCAUUUUAUUAUUUUGCCUUGUUGGCAUCGAGAAGUUAACAAAAUAUAUGUCUACCUUAUUUUUGCGAGCUCUCGUGGAGAAACAAGAAUGUGCAUGAAUUUCCGUAGAAUGUGGCAAUUCUUUUCUUCAAUGUGCUCCUUUUUAUUUUGUGGGCGAAGGAUCGCCGCAAUGAUUUGGAUUUUAUGUAGCGUUAGCGUUUUUUGUCAUUAAGCUUUAGUGAGCGCCUGUGACGAGGAAGAGGUUAUGCUCUAUAUUUUAAAUAUUAAUGCUGACCUUUUUAAUAUUAUCAGCUCAUGGAGCACAGAAAUAAGGUGAAUUAGAAAAUUAUACAAUUUUUGUCAAAAAUGAUUGACUUUGGAUUUUUUUUUUCUGGCACAACUGAUGAUCUCUCAUAGCACAUUGGUUGAGAAUCACUGCAUAAGAUGACCCAUUGUGAUUUAUUGCCAAGAUGAUUUUAUUUAUUGUACUUUUUUUUUUUUACAUUGACAACUUAUAUAUUCCUCAAAUCCAACAUGUUUAAGUGUUUCCUUAAGAUAUUUUUUAUCGCAUAUAUUUAUUUUUAUUGAACUCUUAAGAAGGACGAGGGAAACAAAUAGGACCACGCAGGUCAUCUAUAUUUGUUCAGGUAGCAAUCGAGAGUCAGGGCAUGUUACGGGAACCAAAUACUACCCAUGGAUGAAAUGGAUCAUGUUGCCUGGCACGUGUAUAUAGUGGCAUGAUACUCCCACCCAUACAGUGGGCAUUUUUGCUUUCUUUCCAGACAAAUCAAUAGAACUUCACUUUUGUCUUUGGUGGACAUUUCUCUUGCUAAAAGGCAUUGAAGAAAUUCCUAAGCUUACACUUCAUAGUAGCCGUCCACCUUUUUCCAGAAAAGUCAAGCAACGGUGUUUAAUUAAAGCAGAAGAUGGAGAACCGACAUGAUGAUGAAGAUGAGAGGGAACAAAUGAGUUCGGAAAAGUCUGCCUCCUCCAUUUCCAAAUCUUGUUACUCCACUCUUCAAACUUGCAUAUUUUGAAGUAUUUAUUUUUCUAACUUUAGCGCACAGUAUUCCUUAUUUACAGUCCGAUAAGCAAGAUUUACCAAACAAGCAAGCCUCAAUGGGAGUUCAACUGUAUGAAGAGUUAGUGACAAUGUUCCGUGCUUGUUUUCAGUAGGAUUCAUUUAUAAAAUAUUUUUUAAUAAGGCAGUGUUGCUAUUUGAUAGGCUGCCGUCUAAAAAGAAAUUCCCAAUUAUCAGGUGGUUUGUUUUCUGACAAAUCUUAUCCCCCCCCCCCCCUUUCCACCUACUCAACAAAUACAAAUAUUUGAAACAAGAACCUAUUUUAUUGUUCACUGAAAAUAUAUUCUUUCACUGGACUUGUUUACACACCCUCUAAAUUAUAUGUAGGUUAUUGCAACAAAGCAAACUAAAUGACCUCAUGAACUUGAUUGUAAAACUAGUUUAGUGAUGGUAACAGAAAACAGUGAAGUUUAUUUUUAAUCUUUAUUUACAGACUUUUUUGUAUUUAAACCAACAUAUUUGUAUUGUAAUUACAUUGUACAAAAGAUGAAUAAAGUAAUAUAAUACAAUA